ACUCUUUACAAAUGAAAAUUGUCAAAUUUCAGGUUUUGAAAUAAUUUCUAUCCAUUGAUCUUGCCAGAAAAUGCUAUUAAUGUUUUAAUUUAGGUCAAACGAUACAAUAAGGAUGGGGAAUAGCAACGGAAGUGAAUUACCAUCUACAUCCUGUGACUGUACGGAUGAAAGAACACAUGGAAAUGCUGCACAAUGCUUAUCUCGUCUUUAUCUCUCUGAGCAUCUUUCUGACAUCAACAUUGUCUUCUCAAAGGAUAGAAGUGUGAGACUCCCAGCUCAUAAAUUUGUACUGAGAAUGCGCAGUAAAAAAUUUAGAGAUUUACUUUCAACGGGACAAAACACAAUAGACAUUAUAUCUGUAGAACCUGAAAUAAUGAAAGUUCUUUUGCGAUUUAUCUACUCAGAUGAUCCAGAAAUUAACAGUUCUAACGUUUUACCCUGCUGGCAUGCAGCAAAGCUGUUUGCCUUGUGUGGACUUGUACAAAAAUGUAACAACUUUCUUGAAAACACAAUAGACGUUAUUAACGUCUGGCAACAUAAUAGCCAUGCCAUCUCUUAUGGAAUAAAACCUCUUGAAGAAAAAUGUCUUUCAUUUAUCUUGGAAAACGCAGCAAAUGUUCUGUUUACGCCGGGAUUUCUAGAAUUAUCUUUAGCUUCAUUACUAAAUAUUCUCAUGCAGGACGAAUUAGCCGCCGAUGAAGUGGAAGUAUUUAAAGCAGCAAUGAAAUGGGCGGAACAUCAGUGUGAGACCAAGAAGAGGUCUAAAACUGGGAGAAAUAUGCGAGACCAACUUAAAGAAGCAAUGUUCGAAAUACGAUUUGCGACAAUACCAAUACCAGAGAUAAUAGGUGUUGUUACUCCCUCUGGAAUCCUGACCAAAGAUGAGAGGUUAAUGCUUCUUGAGUAUAUUGCAAAACCAGACACGGAACCUCCUCCUGAAAUAAAGAAAUUCUGUAAACGUAAACGUACGGGCGUACCAAUUACAACUGAUCGUAGACGGCAUGAUAGUUCUGAGAUUGAAGACGAGGAAAUUGAAAACGAAUAAAUGCAUAAGGCCUAGUUACCCAUUGAUAAAUAAUGCAAAGCAAAUAGGAUGUCUUGGUAAAUAAUUACUUUUAAAGUUAAAAUAAAGGUCGGAGACUUUUUCACUUCUCUGAGGUUAAAUUUCUCUAAAAUACUGAUUAAAUAUACUGAUAUGAAGGCAAUCGAUAGUAUAAUGCAAACCAGUAAAUAUUAAUAUAGUACACGUAGAAGUGAACAGUGUCAGAUAAAACACCUAACAGUUAAAUAGAAAAAAAGUUUGUUUGUUUGUUUGUUUUUUUUUUGUUUUUUUUUUAUUAUUAUU